ACAAUCGAUCGCGCCGCAUCGACGGGAGAGACGAGAUGAACCCUAUCUGCCGCCGCCGCUCCGCGUUGCCGCCGCCGGCGAAGACGACCCCGACGGACGAUGAAAACCUCCUCCCCGAGGUACUCAUCCGUCUCCCUCCGCAGCCAUCCUCUCUCCCCCGCGCCUCCCUCGUCUGCAAGCAGUGGCGCCACCUCAUCGCCGAUCCCCAAUUCCUCCGCCGCUUCUGCGCCCACCACCGGGAGCCCCCCAUCAUCGGCGUGUUCCUGGACUUCUACCGCGGAGACCUCUCCUUCAGGUCGGUCCUGGAUCGCCCGGACCUCAUCCCGCCCGAGCGCUUGUCCGUGCGGUUCGACGGCAUCGAAGGCGGCGGCGUCGAGGGAAACGACGGCAUCUGGUCCUUCCGCCGCUGCCGCCACGGUCGCGUGCUCUUCACCAGAGGGGACCACCUCGGCAAGGGCUGCCGCCACGUACUGGUGUGGGAUCCCGUCACAGGCGACCGCCGCUUCAUAGGCAGUCCGCCGCAGUUGGAUCACGACUGGAGCAAGUCACAUGUGCAAGCGGAUGUGCUCUGUGUUGCCGGCGACAAGGACCACGUACACGGCAGCUGCCACUCGAGCCCCUUCAAUGUCGUCUUGGUGUGCGCCAACAAGCUGGCCGCGCGAGCCUGCGUCUACUCAUCGGAGACCAACUCAUGGGGCGAUCUCAUAUCAACCGAUGUUCCGUAUCACACUAUGUCUUGUGUUGGAAGUCGAAGCAUCCUGGUUGGCAAUUCCCUGCACUGGUUUAUUUUUGGUACUCGGACUGGCAUCCUUAAGCUUGAUUUGGAUACUCGGAGCCUAGCUGUUGUAGAGGUGCCACCGGAUGCCCAUUCUAGUCAUCAUGGCCUCUAUCUGAGUACGCUGGGUGGCGGGCUUGGCUUCAUCGUUGUGUCAGACGACUUCGUAGCUCAACUAUGGGUGAGGACGACUGAUUUUGAUGGAGUUGCUGGAUGGAUGCCGGCACAAGCAAUUGAGUUGAACAAGCUUCUUCCGCUGAGACCAGGCGAGUGGACAAAUCUGCAAACGGUGUUGGGUGUCGCUGGAGAUGAGAAUGUGAUAUUUGUGUCAACAAGUGGAGGCGUCUUCAUGGUCCAUCUUGAGUCCUUGCAGUUUAAGAAGAUUUUUGAAAGCAAUCCUUUCGCCGAAUGUACGACAUCAACCAUCCACCCAUUCACAAGUUUUUUUACUGCAGGCAAUAACAUGAAUGUACAAGGAUAAGGCCUAUAGUCUUUUCCAAUACUUCUGGAGUACCUUCCGUGCUUUCGGUUACUGUAGCAAUUUUGAUACUCCAAAUAUCAAUAGUUUGUUCGGCUGGUGAUGAACUCGUAACAGAGUCUUUUUUAAUAUUUCUUUUGUUUAGUGAGCAGUACUAGACAGUGCGGCUGCUCGUCUAUUGCAGUAUGUGUAACCUGUACUCUGUACCAAGCUAUGAUGGAGAUAUUUUCACAAGAUAUAUAACAGUUGGAAAUUGGCAAGA